GGAGAGUAUGACGUAUGACGCAGGAGACGCAAGUGAUAGAGGGCUUCCGGUUUGAUCGCCGUGAGAGCGAACGUCCCAUCCGGUUGAGUGUUGGGCGGACAGCGAAGGAGACAAGAUGGCGAUGCAAGCGGCGAAACGGGCAAACAUUCGUUUGCCUCCUGAAGUAAACCGCAUCUUAUACAUAAGAAAUUUGCCAUACAAAAUAACAGCAGAAGAAAUGUAUGACAUAUUUGGAAAGUAUGGGCCAAUCAGACAAAUAAGAGUUGGGAAUACACCUGAGACGAGAGGAACAGCUUAUGUUGUGUAUGAAGACAUUUUUGAUGCCAAGAAUGCUUGUGAUCACUUGUCUGGUUUUAAUGUCUGUAACAGAUACCUUGUAGUUUUAUACUACAAUGCAAAUAGGGCAUUCCAGAAGAUGGAUACAAAGAAAAAGGAAGAGCAACUCAAAAUUCUCAAGGAAAAGUAUGGAAUUAACACAGAAACAAAAUGAACCAUUGAGUCUUUGUUUCAGUUGUUGUAUUGUAAAUAUUGUUGAAAGGAUUUUGAAUAACAAGUAAUUGAAAAUUUUAAGAAUUUGAUAAUGUCAGAAAAUCAUUUACUUAGAACAAGUGGGUGGUUAUUUUAAAUAGUGCCAUUUAUUUUGGCUCUCAUUUCCUGGUGAAUUAUCAAAAACAAUUUUUCUUUGUAAUAUUUUCCUGAUUUAAAGCAUAACAAUUAAAUACAAAAAUAUAUUUAAAUUACCUUGUUUUUACUGUAGUGUUGAAGCUUUUCUUGUUCAUAAUGUGCUUACUUGAACUCAGAAAUAAUAAAAUAUGGUUCUUUGUAUGAAAG